UAAUUUCAGGCUCUACGGUUAAAAAGUUAGUCGUUGGAUGUAACUUGUACUCUCCUGAUAGAAGUUAAAUCCUUUUAACCCUACAUCUUUUACUGCGCCAUUCACAUUCACAUCCACCUCCAUUCUUUGCUGUGGAAACUCAGAGAUGGAACUGGGCAAUGCAGACCAGGAAGAGUUGGAGAAAACAGUUUUUUUUACACCACUAACGCCCUUCAAGUGCAUGCCAGCAGCAACAGAAUUUAACUCUGGCUUGAACAAUUUUUGGUCCACAAAUAGUUCAUAUAACAGCCAAAAAAAGGAUGAGGAGGUUUCUGGUGUUAUCGGAGGGAGGAGCGAGUUUCUAAGUCGACAUUUGGAUGGUGGUUCUAAAUCUGCGACGAUGGCUCCUUCAACUCCUAUGACGAAGGGUGACAACCCACGGAAGAAACAAUGUGGUAGCGUAGACAUGAAUGAAAGACCACUGAAGAAACCAAGAAUGAGAAAACAUACACCCAAAAUCUUUGAUGAAAGUAAGCCCAAAAAAACUCCAAAGCCUAAGAUAAGGCCUUCAAUUCCAAAAUCAGGUAAAUCUAAGGCAAGUGCCAAGACAAAGAAGAAAAUAGAAAAGGACUGCGACAAAGUUUCAGAUGAUUUAUCAGGAGAUGCUUAUAUGCAAACACCUAAUAGUAAGAUUCCAGAAACUAUUCCCGGAUCUCUGGUCCUACAGGUUUCAACUCCUCAACUAGAAAUUCUUGAGCAUGCUAUCCCAGCAAUAAGUCCACCUGAUCUUGAGCACGAUAUUCUUACAGAUCUUGGACAUGUUUUGAAGUCAUGUAAACGAUCUCUCCCUUUCAACUUGGAAAAUGAGGAUGAUGUUUUAUCCAUAGGAGCAGCAGAAGUGAUUAGAAACCAUGUAACUCAAAGUUACAACAAAUUCUUGACAAAUCCAUUGGACGGUUUUAAUGAGCAGGCAGUUGAUACAAAUUGCUCCAUUGGCUUAGAAGAUAAUUUAGAGGCAGAGUCCCAACCCAACCAAGGAAAUGAUCCUAGUAUCUACCAGGAUGACCAGAGAGCCUGUCAGCAUCAUUUUCUGAAAGUUUAUGUAAGGAGGAAAACUCAAAUAGAUUUGAUGCCCUUGGCAGGAAAUGAAGCUCACGUCUACCAGAACAAUCAUGGAACAAUCAGCCCAAGUAGUUGUCGGGAUCAUUCUGUGAAAGUUUAUAAAAGGAGGACAAAAGGAAACAUCGGUGCCAUGCCUUUGGCAGGAAAUGAAAGGACCUCCCAGAAUGACCAUAAAUCCCAAGAAAAAGGUGGUUCUCGGCUUGAUUUUCUGGAAAAUUACAGGACAUCAAAUAACAUCGGUACUGCUGAUUAUGCAGACAAAGGCUGGAAUGCAUUGGGUACUAAUACAAAGAGCAAAGUGACUUCAAAGAGCUCUUUUACAAUUUGCAAGAGGGUUACCAGGAGAGAUUUUGAAAUUGUCAAUGGUGCUAAACAUACAUGUUUUUCAAGUAUGAAAUCGGGCCAGAAAGGAAAAUUUAAAUCACAUUUUGUUGUAAAGGUCCUACCUAACAAAAAUCAAAUUGCAGCUGCAAUGGCUGAUCCAGAAUCUUUUGAGUGUGUGUUCAGCUUGUCCCCUAUGGUUAAGUCUCGGAGGAGGAGAUUAAUCCAUCCUAAGAGGACCAAGUCUGCUCACAGGGAAGAAAAUACAGAACUAGAACCAUUAACUUUGUCUGCUCGCAGGGAAGAAAAUACAGAACUAGGACCAAGUCUGCCCAUGAACGCCUUGACUUUGUCUCCACUAGUCACGUCCAAAAGAAAGAGAUCUAAGAAUUGCAAAAGAUCAACUGCUAUUCUAGAUCCUCUCUGCCUUAAGUCAAAUAUAAGUGCAAUCAAUGGAUUUGAAUCUUUUGUAGAUAAGUGGUCUCAAAUAAGUGCUUGCAAUGAAAUUCAGGAAUGCUCGCAACAUGAAGGUUUGUGGCCCCAAACAGAUAAAUCAGCUUGUGAUGAUAUUGAAGAGUGCCCCCAACAUGAAGAUUUAUUGCCUAGAACAACUAAAUCAACUUGCAGUGAAAUUCAGGAAUACACACAACAUGAGAAUCUGCGGCCUAAAACAAAGCGUUCAACAAAGAUAACCACAGUUGCAGGACUUAUUCGGAUUUUUAAAAAAAUAAAAAUUUGUGAUACGAGAACUUAUAAAAAGAAAACAACAACCCAUAAGAAAAUAACCAGCAACAAUGAUGGCCAGCUUGUCUUGCGGAAUCCUGAUGGUUCAAUGAUUGUUCAAAAGCACAAAGCCAAAGAACUGCCCAAGGUUGAUCUUGAUAAGGAGUCAGAGCGAGUGUGGGAACAACUCAUAGAAAAUGGUGGAAUUGAUGAGGACCCGGAUGAAAAGAAGAAUAUAUGGUGGAAGGAGCAAAGAGAAGUAUUUAAAGGAAGGGCAGCCUCAUUCAUUGCCCGCAUGCGUCUUGUCUUAGGGAAAAGGACUUUUUCCCCAUGGAAAGGGUCAGUGGUAGACUCUGUGGUUGGCGUUUACCUAACACAAAACGUGUCAGAUUAUCUUUCGAGCAAUGCCUUCAUGCUUCUUGCUUCAGCGUUCCCACUUCAAAAUAGUCAAGAAAUGACUACACAACAAGAACAAGCUCUAGCGAUUACACAUGUACUGCCAGAUUCAGAUGAAAUUUUUGUUAAUACAUAUGAAUCAUCUUCUAGAAAUACAUCAGAAUGUAUGCAAGAAGAAAUUAUUGGAAAUGAAAGUACAUGUGGAAGUCAGUCUUCAGCCAAUUCUGGCCCAGAAGUGAUAACCUUUGCUAAGAGUUGCGAUUUAGUAAAUGAAACAGGUAAUUUACCCGACGAGAUGUCGAGAGAGAAAAAUAAAUUGCCAAAAAGAGAAAUUGAUUGGGAUAGAUUGAGGAAAGCCUAUUCUACUGGAACAUAUACUGGUUCCACCGAAAGUAAUAGGGAUUCUGUUAAUUGGGAAGCUGUUAGACAUGCUGAUGUUAAAAUGAUUUUUGAACCAAUAAAAUGUCGAGGACAGGGUAAUGUUCUUGCUGCAAAAAUUAAGAAUUUUCUUAAUCAAUCGUUUGAACAUCAUGGAAGCGUUGACCUUGAGUGGUUAAGAGAUGUCCCGAAGGAGGAUGUGAAAGAAUAUUUGUUGAGUAUUCCUGGGCUUGGGCCGAAGAGCACGGAUUGCAUUAGACUUUUGUCACUUCGACAUCAUUCCUUUCCUGUUGACAUAAAUGUUGCUCGGAUAGUAGUACGUCUAGGAUGGGUCCCUUUGCAACCAUUACCUGAUGGGCUCCAAAUGCAUCUUUUGGAAAAGUUCCCCCUGGAGAGUUCCAUACAAAAGUACCUUUGGCCACGUCUAUGCGAACUUGAUAUGUCAACACUAUAUGAAUUGCAUUAUCACAUGAUCACAUUCGGAAAGGUCUUCUGUACAAAGAAAAAGCCAAACUGUGAUGCCUGCCCAAUGAGAGCCGAAUGCAGGCACUUUGCUAGUGCAUUUGCAAGUACUAGGCUUCGCCUCCCAGGAUCACAACAGAAAGGAGAGGCUGACUCUAAGCAACCUGAUAGAGUUGAUGACGUCCCAAACAUGUGUGUGUCGUUACCAAAUUUGCCCCAUUCUAGCGAAAGCUUCUCGCAGUCCAGCUUCCAGACUCAACAGUGUGAGCCUAUCAUAGAAAUGCCAGAAUCUCCAGAGCACAGACCUCUAGAAUUACAGGAACAAGACAUUGAAGACUUCUCUUAUGAGGCGGAGCAUGAGCAGGAGAUUCCUACCAUCAAACUCAACACUAAAGCGUUUGGAGAAAAUAUUUUGAACUUCAUUGACAAGUCCAAUAAAGACUUCAAAGAAAUUGUGUUGAGCUUUGUUGAUGAGAUCAGUAAAUUGCAUAGUGAUGAAGAAGUGUCCAAAGCCUUGGUUCUUUUGAAUCCAAAAUCUGCUGCACAUCCUGCUCGUAAACUGAAGACGGAGACCCGACUUAGGACUGAGCACUUAGUGUAUGAGCUUCCAGAUGAUCAUCCUCUUUUGAGUGGGUUUGAGAAACGGGAGCCUGAUGACGAUUGCCCUUACCUUCUUGCCAUCAGCCAAACAGAGAACUGCUCGGACAGUACAAAUUACUCCCCAAAUGAUCAAAUAAUCUAUGGCACGAUUUUGAUUCCGUGUCGAACGGCAAAUAGGGGAAGCUUUCCACUGAAUGGGACUUAUUUCCAGAUCAACGAGGUUUUCGCUGAUCAUGAGUCGAGCCUAAAUCCAAUUCCUGUUGCAAGGGCCUCCAUAUGGAAUUUGAGUGUGACAACUUUAUAUUGCGGAACUUCAGUUUCGUCCAUUGUUAAAGGCUUGUCAACAAAGGACAUUCAGAAUUGUUUCUGGAAAGGUUUCAUGGUGGUAAGGGGAUAUGACAGAAAACAGAGGGCUCCCAGACCCCUUCAUGUUCGAUUUCAUACAAAAGGAAAUAUAGUAAACUUUGAUGAUGAUAAUUAGUGCCAGAAUUGCCAUCGAUGCAAAAUUCAUCAUAGUUGUUCAUAAUUUUUUCAUUCUUUAACUAAUUAGAUUACAAGACAGGGUUUUCUUGUUGUAAUUGUUCGAAUCAUUGUUCAUUUGGUUAAUAGUCUAAUUUCAUGAAUGA